AUGCAACGUGGAGGAGACUUUUACACGGCACUCUGUGCGUCACAGCGCCUAGAACUCUGCCUGGGCACUGCCGAAUUCGUCGUAAAAGGUCGCGUGGGGCAGCGUCGAUUGGCCGACGUGCCCUUCGGGCGUCUGUACAAGUUUGCGUUUUACACCGUCACCCUGUGCUACACCUCGUGGUUUGUGGUCCAGAACGACAUUCUGGAACCGCUUCAAGUUGAAGGUGCGUUCGCCUGGUUCCUGAUAUUUGUCGACCUCCACGUGGAUGUCGUCUAUCAAGGAGCGUUAGUAGUGAGCGUCCUCCUGCGGGGCCGUCGCGUCAGAGAGGCCUGGUACGGUAUCAUGGCCGUCGACGGCGAGAUGACCGUGGACAAUCGGCCCGUAGGUCUCUACAGCCGCGCUUGGCUCGUCGUCGCCAUCGUGGUCAACACGUGCAAUCAGUUCACGGCGCAGGAAGUGCUUACUCACCAGCGCUUGCACUUGUUUGAGGUUUCCAACACUCUCUUCUGGAUCAUGUGCUUUUACAUGAUCGGCACAGUUUCCGCCUUUCAAGCGUGGAUGCUAUCGCUCAAGGUCAGGCUGGAGGCACUCCACGCCGGUCUGACCGAGGAUAAUCUGCCAAAAACUCGACGUCUACUCCAAGAGCUUUGCCAGGUUCGGCAGGUGAUCGGCGAGGUGUACUCGCUGCCCGUGCUGAUGGUGCUGCUGCGGAAUUUUAUCGUCGUCAUCUUGCAGCUGUACGAAUUUUCGGUCCUCUUCGGCAAAAGGUCCGUACAUUGGAAGCACGUCCUCACCACCGUCUGCUGGCUCACCUUGGCCGCCGUGAAAACGCUUUCCAUCGUCAUUUCCGCGACGCUCGUCACCAAUCGCGAGACGCUGCUCAAGCGAAGAGUCUUGGAGUUGUCCCUCCUGACCGCCAGUUCUAAGCAGGUUACAUCAUUCGGCUUGCAAAUGCUCCACUGGGAUAUGAGGACCACGAUCGGAGGGAUACUCGAGGUGGACCUCUCCCUUGUCUUCAAAAUCGUCGGGGCAACCACCACGUAUUUGGUGAUGUUGUCGCAGUUUAACUACCUAACCUCGAGGCACAGCUCGGCACCAAACUAGAGAGGUCGUAGAUGAUCUCCUGAUAACCAAAAAAGAAUUAUGUGCCCCUGAUCAUACAUUUUUGUUAGUGGUAGCCGAAGAUGCGGCUUGUUUGAGAAGGUUUUAUACUCUUCUUAUUCGAACGCAACCCUCAACGGCCUAUUGAUUGGAUCAGGAGCGUAGAACAUUUAGUGUCAGGAUAACAUAUUUUAGGAUCUAGAAUUUGCGUACGAGGUAGUUGAUGUUUUAGGGAACAAGGUAUUAUAGGGGUCAAUUAAUUUACCACUUCUUGCGUUCCUGCGAUCCUGAUUCAAUAUUUAAGUACCUAAUCAAUACAUGAAAGAUGCCCUCUACAGCUUAUUUCGCUUCUGUAAUCCUGAUACAUCUAGUUUUAUAAAAUAAUUUGUUUUUUCGAACAUGAUACGUAUUACACUCACAUUAUAAGCACAUUAACGCAUCCUUGCUUUAAAUUUUUACGAAACUGGUAUUAGGAGAACAUAAAAAAUCGAAGAUGUCUCACUUUCCUGUGAUCCUGUUACAAUUGUUUUAACUCAGGAGAAUAUAAUUCUUGCUAUUUGCUCAGCACAUUUAUAGGAAAUUUGUAUCAGGGGAGAAUAAUAUUAUAAAACAAUGUCCUUUA